AUGAGUCAUGGUGGUUGGCUUCGGAAACACAGCAGCAGACAUCGCGACGGCACUCGCAAAUGUAGCGGAGAAGGCCUAAAUCGCACACAGACAUGGAGCGCGUAUCCUCAGCUACCUCGCGGGGUCAACGGCAAACCUAUUGACCACACUCUAAGCUUACAUUUGUUUGCAACACAAAGCUGGAUCAUAACCAACUUCCUUAUCCUUGGUUCUAGAAUGUUCGACAAGUUUGUCAAAAGUUUACAAGACAAGAGCUUCAAGCUACGUCACGAAUGGGGCUUUGAGCCUGCUCAAGUAAUUCCAAUUGUCUCAGACUACCUGUUCGACUACCUCGAGAAGGGUCUCAUUGAAUCGAUCAGAGGGAUCAAGCGGAUUACCAGCGACACUGAAGUCGGACUCGAGGACGGCAAGAUCCUCGACGUCGACGCAAUAAUGUGGUGUACUGGCUAUCAAGCGGACUUCAGCAUGCUGGAACCUCGCUUUGAUCCCACUAGCUGUGCUGUGGCAGAAUGGUCAAGAGUAAGCGGCUCAAACGGCAGACGACUUGCUCGCAUAUGUAACAAGGUUUUCUCUCUGUCGAAGCCAGACGGCCUGGCCUUCCUCGGCAACGUACAUACGACACUUGCUGGCUUCCAGUUGUUCGAUAUGGCAUCCAUGGCCAUAGCACAGGUCUGA